GAUGUAAUGUAAUGUAUGAUUUGUGCUUUUCAGGUUUAUAUUGAUACGGUCGGAGAUCCAGGGAAAUAUGAGGCAAAAAUGUCUAAAAAUUUCCCAUCUAUCAAAUUUGUGGUUGCUAAGAAAGCUGAUAGUCUUUAUCCUGUUGUCAGUGGUGCAAGUAUAGCUGCAAAGGUUACGAGGGACCGAGCUGUAAGAGAUUGGGUGCUCGAUGAGACUGCUGAUAAUAUACACAGGAACUUUGGUUCUGGAUAUCCUGCAGAUCCCGCAACCAAGUCUUGGCUAGAAAAUCACAAACAUUCUAUCUUCGGUUUUCCAACAUUGGUUCGGUUUAGUUGGGGAACUUGCAGCACUUAUUUUAAAAGUGGUGCUGAAGUUUUAUGGUCUUAAACCCUAACUAUUAAAGACUUUGUUUGUUCAAAAUUUCUCAAACCUCAAAGAAUUUUUGAACCUUUCAUUACUAGGGAUGAAACAUAAAAUGAGUGUUAAAUUGGUUUUAAAUUUGGGUGGUUAGAGGUUUUCAUUAUAUAGAAUGCCAAGAUGAGAAGCUUUUGGUAUUUCUUAUGACAUGAUACUAAUCUGUGUGUUCGACAAGGAUCAAAAUGGUUUCAUCACUGCAGCUGAGCUCUGUCAUGUUAUGACAAAUCUCAGCUAAAAGCUGAAAUAUGAAGAGGUUGACGAGAUGAUUCGCGAAGUUGAUGUUGACGGUGAUGGUCAGAUCAACUAUGAGGAGUUCGUUAGAGUCAUGAUGGCUUAUUUGUUUUUAAAAUAAUGUGUUUCAAAUAUUGUGUAUAAUUAAAUUUUGAUUUUUAAUGUCAAUAACGGCUGAAUGCUUGCCCUUGGUCUUAUAGGAAUAAAUAAAUUUGGGACUGCUCUAGUUUUAUUGUGUAAGUGUCAUGCUACUAUCACUUCCCUCAGCGUGGUUGAUACCCAUAAGAGGUCUUUGGUACUAAGUACAUGGUAGUGCAUUUUUUAGAUUCUAUUUAUUGAUCACAUGUUCUUGGGUUUACUAUUCUAUUCUAAUUAUGUGUAUUUUUAU